CGAGGUCGACGGGCGCGAGGAGACGAACGUGUGGCCGGGGAUCCGGUCCUCCUUCCACUCCCCGAUCUAUUUAUGCCACCCGCGCUACACGCAUCGCAACUAGAACUCGGUGGCCGGGGAUCGGAGCGCGCACGCAAACCCUCAGCAGAUCGAUCUCCCUCUCCGAUCGGGAUCGUCAGGGAGCAAGGAGGAGGGCGAGGAUGUCGUGGCAGACGUACGUGGACGAGCACCUGAUGUGUGACAUCGAGGGCCACCACCUCACCUCGGCGGCGAUCGUCGGCCAUGACGGCGCCGUCUGGGCUCAGAGCGCCGCGUUCCCGCAGUUCAAGACCGAGGAGACGGCCAGCAUGAUGAAAGAUUUCGAUGAGCCGGGGCACCUCGCCCCGACCGGCCUGUUCCUUGGACCCACGAAAUACAUGGUCAUCCAGGGCGAACCUGGCGCUGUCAUCCGUGGCAAGAAGGGAUCUGGCGGCAUCACGGUGAAGAAGACUGGGCAGGCGCUCAUCAUUGGCAUCUACGACGAACCGAUGACUCCCGGGCAGUGCAACCUGGUGGUGGAGAGGCUCGGCGAUUACUUGAUUGAACAAGGCAUGUAGCCGCCUAGCUAGAUGAUAUGGUUCCAAUAAUAACAAACACAUUGCAUGUUGCCGCGUUUGCCUGGCCCUUGUUACCACGCCCUGUCUAUUGCUCCUCUGGACAUUUUCAAUUCUGACUUCGUCGCUUUGGUUGGUUCACAAUUUUUCGAUCAUUUGGUUGUAUUGUGAUUUGUGUGUAAUGAACACUCUUUACGAGUGCC